AAAUACAAUUUGUGAUUACCUUAUUUUUGCGAGGCCCUCGACAACCGAUAAUUUGAAACCAUGGGGGAAGAGGUGCGCUCUGGAUGUGUUGAUGUCUUUGUGAAGGUCUUGUGCCUCAUUGUACUCGUAACACAAAAUGCUCUCAUUGAUUAUUACCUGAUCCAGUUUGGAAGCGGGACUGGUUUCAGACGAGGUUAUAUCUGGAUCAUCUGUGACAGCCUGGUCUUGAUCUUCUGGGCUGUUGCCUUUGUGAUGGUUCGAAUCCGUGCAAAACAACCCUAUCCGGAAAUCCCCAAAAAGGAAAGGCAUAUACCACAGGAGCUUCCCUUUGCAUACUGCUCGUGGCUGAUAUACGCCGGGGUACUCAUUGCCAAGUUGGUGAAGAUCUAUAACAGCAAGGAUCACCCGCAGAUCUUCUGGUGGCUGUCGUCGUCCGACAUGUUGACGAUCGCCGUCUCGAUGUCGGGUCUCAUCUUCAUGUUACUCGCCUACAGUCACCACGAGGACGUCGACAAUGCGAAGUAUCGUCUUCAGAUACAGAAGCUAGGCACCGUCGUCGGCCUGGCCAUAUUGGACACCACUGACCUCCUCGAUAUGCUGCACGAAGUUGAGUCAAACGCAACACUUCCGUUUCAUCUACGGGCCGCCAUCUUAGCAUUCGGGUGCAUCUGCAUUGUACUUCCGGUGUUUCCGCUCUUCGCGCUGCGUCUCAUUGCUGCCAAACGGAGCGCGCACAAGCGGAACUCGGAAUCGUGGGAACAGGUCUUCCUUCUGAAGAACGUCCUGUUCAUGCUCCUCGUCGACAUCCCGUACUUCGCAAUCCGAUGUCACCUCUGGCUCGAUUACGGUAUGUCGGCGUCGGUCUUCCUUACCAAGAAUCUCAUCAUGUUCCUGAGGGGAGCUUUCGAUCUUUUGCAGGAAGUUAAACUGUGUAGUAGUACGCGAGAUAAAAAGAAAAACAGGCCUUUGUUAGAACUCGGACUGGUCGUUCGAUUCAACAAGUAGAGAAGCAAUCCUUUAUGACAACUAUGGACACUAUUUUUAACUGAUUUGAACUAUUUAAAAAAUCCAAUGUAUCGGUUUAAUUGAUUUUGGAGAUUUAAAUCACUGAUGGUUUUUAAGAUGAUUCAAGAGACUGGACUCGAUAUGACAUCAUUUUCUGGUAGAGCCAGAUUACCCGAAGUUCAUAUCAAUGAAGAGAUAUCGAUAGUUGUACCGCUAAAAGGUGGGAAAAGAGUCAUGUCUGAUUGUUUGUGAAAACGGUCGACGGCAAGACGAUGAUAAAGAAGGAAUGUAUAAAACAAUGUGCCUCUCUUUAAAAAAAAAUCUCGUCACGGGAAUUUUAAACUUUACGCUAGUGUUAAUCUCUAUUUAGAAUGAUAUUGACAGUGGUGUAUCCAACAUUGCCGAGGUGUAAAAUCGAGUUUGAUCAGACAUCAAAUUUCGUUUACCAUGUGAGGAGCAAAAUACCUUUUGAUCGAGUUUCAUGAAAAUCCCAUUGAAUACAAUAGUUCUACCUCAGUUUACCCUCUAUUUUUCCUGCUUUAUUUUCAUAUAAAAUGUUUCUUCUUCUUACGUUGAUUCUUCUGGUUUUCGAAAUACUUUUCAAAAAUUGUUAUGUACUAUGUUCCUUGUGUGUUUCUUGUCAACAUGUGCCACUGUGUGAAUGAUUGGGAUGUUUAGGUCUGGAUGCAAAAGUUAGGCGUGUUACAUUAAAACAAAAUCUCAACCCCCAAGACAAUAUGGAAAUUGUCUACAAGAGAAAGUCGUAUUUUCCGGUAGGUUACUUUUACUUUAUAUCUAUGUAUUUUGAUGGUUCAUUUCAAUUUCAAUUUUACUUGCCUUGUUUUAAAAGAUUCUCUUCAAAUUCCACAUGUUCAUGCAUGUGAGAUAUCUGCUGUUUGAUUAUAAAACAAUAUGGAAAACUUUUGAAUGAAUGCCAGGUUGCCAAGUUUGUUGGUACCCGAUAUUAGAUUUUCAUGACAGGGAAAACUCCCACGAUGAUUGAGCCAAGUGCUAUUUUAGAUCAUGUUUAUUACAUCAAAUUUGCAAUUUAUAUUAAGUUAUGAUACACAUAAAUAUCAAAUGAGCCAUCAAAAUACAUUUUAAGACCAUCGAAUAUUAAUGGAGAUU